AUGAGCCUUCGUCAAUCCGCCGGCCUGCUGGCUCGCUCGACGCCCGCAUCGGGCUCGACGACUGCCAUCCGCAGUCUUGCUACGGUCCACCCCGUAACUUCUGCCAAACCUCCCACUGGAAUUGUCAUGAUGAAUAUGGGCGGCCCGUCUACCAUCCCCGAGGUCCACGACUUUCUCUCGCGACUCUUUCAUGACCGCGAUCUCAUCCCCCUUCCCAUGCAAAGCAUCCUCGCUCCCUUGAUCGCCCGCCGCCGCACCCCUAAAAUCGAAAAGCAAUACACCGAGAUCGGCGGCGGAUCGCCCAUUCUCAAAUGGACGAGGGAGCAGGGCCGGCAGAUGUGCGAGCUGCUGGAUGAGCUGCGGCCGGAGAGUGCGCCGCACAAGCCAUACGUCGCUUUCCGGUACGCCAAGCCCCUGACAGAGGACUGUCUGGCGGAGAUGCGGGCGGAUGGGGUGACGCGGGCGGUGGCGUUCAGCCAGUACCCCCAGUACUCGUGCUCCACCACCGGAAGUAGUCUGAACGAGCUGUUUGUGCAGUCGGUCAAGAACAAGCGGGGGGCGGAGAAUUGGGGAGGGAAUGGGGAGGUGGAAUGGAGCAUUCUGGAUCGGUGGCCAAAACACGCCGGACUCGUCGAGGCGGUCACGCAGAAUAUUCGGGCGGCGCUCAAGCAGUAUCCGGAGGCAAAGCGGGAUAACGUCGUGUUGCUGUUCUCGGCGCACUCGCUCCCACUGGAGAUUGUCAACAGAGGGGAUCCGUACGUGGCGGAAGUGGCGGCGACAGUGUACUCUGUCAUGGAGAAGCUCGGCUUUUCCAACCCGUACCGGCUUACAUGGCAAUCCCAAGUCGGCCCCAAGGCAUGGCAAGGUCCGCAGACCUCCGACUCUAUCGAGGGCUUUGCCAAGAACGGUCAAAAAGACAUCUGUCUCGUCCCCAUCGCCUUCACGUCGGACCACAUCGAAACGCUGUACGAGCUGGACAUUGAGGUCAAGGAGGAGGCGGACAAGCUGGGCGUCGAUCUGAAGCGGGCGGAGAGUCUGAAUGACUCGCCCAUUUUUGUGCGGGCACUGGCGGAUCUGAUCAAGGGGCAUCUGGAUCAGUAUGACAUGACGGGGAAGCCGACGGGGAAGCAAUUGGGGCUGAGGUGUCAGGGGUGCACGAACCCAAAGUGUGGAAAGACCAAGGAGUGGAUGGCGACGGGUGGAAGGGGAGUAGAGGCUACAGCAUAG